AUGCCAUCUGCGUCUGUUCCUCUCUCAGCAAUUUCUCUUUAUCCCGAUUCAGGAAAAACCCUUUGGAAUAACCUUUCUCUGAAAAACUUUGAUGAGAAAUAUGAGUUUUCUGGAGAGUCUGAUUCAUUCAACCAAAAAGUUGAAAUUGAGAUAAAAUAUUUUGCUAAAGCUUUUAAUCAAAAGAAAUUGGGUGAUUCGAAUGAUUAUGAAUUUAUAAUUGAGACAUUUAAAAAAUUUGGCACCAGCAAUGAUUCAUUAUCUCUUGAAAAAAAGAGACAAUGGAUUGUAAGCUUAACUCAUAAUAUUUCACAUUUGGAUACAUCAUUUCGUCCACUUGUUAAAACGGUUCUUGGAAUAGUUUGGAUUAUUUUUGAUGAGAAUACUCUUCACACUUUUAUCAUUUUUAUCCGAACUCUAAUUUCAACUCAUUCAUGUUAUUCUGUGGAAGCUUUGAACAUGGCAGCUGAAAUUCAAGGAAGUUUACACGAAGUUGAAGAUAUGGAGGAUGAAAUGGAAUUUUUUAAUUUAAAUUAUAAUCCGGGAGAUAUCACAAAAAAAUCAAAAAAUAAUAAAGAUGAAAUACCGAAAAAGGAAAAUAAUCAAGAUGAUAAUGUGGAUGAGAAAAACACUUUUCCGGAUUCCGAAAAUUUAUUUGAUAUGGAAUUGGACGAAGAAUCUGAUGAUAAUGAAAGUGAAAAUGAUUUGGAUCUUGAUCUGGAAGAAUCGGAAGAAGCUCGUUAUGAUGUACAAGAUUUAAUGGAAAAACUUGAUUGCAUGAUAAAGUUACUACUUGACUUUUUUAAUUGGAACUUUAAAAUUUCUUUAUCAAAAAGAGAGUAUCUGGAAGGCACUUUUCAAGAUCUAAUGAAAAUAUUUUCUAACACGAUUUUGUCAACAUUCAAAUCUCGAUAUACACAAUUUUUAAUAUUUUGGCACGUGUCAUUAGAUCGACAAUUUCUCGAACAAUUUCUGACAGCUUUAUACUCAAAUUUAUGGAGUGAAAGUCAUCCUCAAGGCGAAAAAAUCUCAUCAGCACUUUAUUUGGGCUCUCUAGUGGCUCGAGCAAAUUUCAUGGAUGAAGCUGCAGUUCUCUCUUCAGUAAAAAUAUUAAUGAAUUGUGGUUGGCAACAGAUUUUCCGUUUUGAAAAUAACGUAAAUUACCCAGACCCAGAAAAAUACGGAGUUAUGUAUUCUAUCAUACAGGCAUUAAUGUAUAUAUUCUGUUUUCGCUGGAAGGAUUUAAUUAUUAGAAAAGAAGGAGAAACACUGGAACAGAUGAUUUAUCGGCUUAAAAGAUCUUCAAAAACAAAAAAUUCAGAAAAAAAUUGGUGCGAGGAAAUUCGAGGGCUUGAAAGAUUAAUCGCAUCCAAAUUCGAACCUUUAAAGAUUUGCUCACAAGGAAUUGUCCGACAGUUUGCGAGAAUUUCAAACAGCCUGAAUUUCAUGUAUUGCUAUGCUCUUAUGACGAAUGGGCAACAACUUAUAAUCCCAUCUCGGAUGAUCCACGACCAGGACUACAACAACUACCACGAAGACGAUAAUGGAAACGGAAAAUACGAAGGCAAUGAUAUCGGCGGCGGCAAAGGAGAUGAUGACGAUGAUAAUGAUAAAUUACCUACUCGACUAGAUCAGUUUACAUUUUUUCCUUUUGAUCCAUUCCGCUUGAAAACAUCAUCAUGUUAUCUAAAAACAAUUUAUCGUGAAUGGGAAGAAUUACCUUUUAUUGAUAACCUUGAAUUCAUUCCCAAUAAUAAUACAAUUUCUCCACAUGAAACUAGUUAUAGUCAAAUGGAAGAAUAG